UUUGAAUUGUCCUGGGCUCAACAAACUCACGGGCGGUGACUUCAGGAUUGUCGCUAGAUGUUUCCAGCAUCGCCGAUCAGUUACUUUUUUUAAGAAAUGACUGGAAUUUCGGACUUCCUUCCAAUGAUUUCAUAGUCAAUGCCUUGGAAACCGUCACAGUAUAGUGUUUUGGGCGUUUCUGCUCUUUAACUUCCACUAAAAUCACUUAUAUAUUGCCCAUUUUUCGACGUGUUAAAAUACCUCAUAUCAUGGAAACCCUGCCAAAAAGACAAAGCAUGAGAUCUGACGGACGGACACUCACAGAUGAAGGUACGGACUACUACUCAGUAACGGCAUUCAAGAAGAUGAAUGCAUUCCGUAAAGAGGGGCAGCUCUGUGAUGUGGUUAUCAAAGCAGAGGGAAAAGAAUUUUUAGCUCACCGAGUAGUUUUGGCAGCUUCUAGCGAUUAUUUUGACGCCAUGUUUUCAAGUGGGAUGGCAGAGUCAGCACAGCUGGAAGUUGAACUCAAGUCUAUAACUCCUGAAAUAAUGGAUGCCCUUUUAGAUUAUGUAUACACUGGCCAAGUUCGUGUAAGCAUGGCUAAUGUGCAAGAUCUACUUCCAGCAGCAAGUCUUGUUCAAAUGGAGGGUGUUAAGGCUGCUUGCUCUAAUUUCCUUUUGACAGAAGUAGAUUCCACAAAUGUACUUGGAAUCAGACGAUUCGCUGAACUGCAUAACUGUAUAGAAUUAGAGAAGUUUACACGAAACUUUGCUGCUUGUAAUUUUGAGUCAGUUGUUGACUCUGAGGAAUUCGUAUGCCUCACACCUGAGGAAUUGCUUGAUCUUAUUACAAGAGAAGAUUUACAUAUCAAUAAUGAAGAAUCUGUAUAUAGCGCUGUUAUGCGCUGGGUAUAUCAUCAACCCAUUGAAAGGGUCGCAAACCUUCCUUCUUUACUUCGAAACAUUCGUCUUUCAGUUAUGUCAGUUCGGUUUCUUACAGAUGUAGUGGAUAAAGAUCGUCUUAUUCGACAAUCUCUCGAGUGUCGGGAUUUGGUGGAUGAUGCUAAACGAUUUCAUUUACGGCCAGAUUUGCGCCAUGAAAUGCGUGAUCGAAGAUUUCGUCAGCGUGACGGUGGCAAUGAGUACUUAGUUGUCAUCGGUGGCUUCGGUUCUGAUCAGGACCCUUCGGAUUCCGUUGAAAUGUUUAACCCACGAACUUUAGAAUGGAAUGAAUUACCUGAUUUGCCGAUAAGUUACCGCUAUGUCGCAGCAUGUUCAUUGGGUACAUGUGUCUAUGUCAUUGGUGGUUUUGAUGGAAAUGAAAGACUGAAUACCGUAUACUUUCUUGAUAUUGCUCAACGAGAAGAAGGCUGGCGUUUACUUACUCCUAUGCACUAUAAAAGAGGUUUAUCUGCUGCCUGCACAAAUAAAGGUCUAAUCUAUGUCUGUGGUGGUUUUGACGGUCAGUCACGUCUUCGAUCAUUCGAAGUUUAUCAUCCGAAGAUUGACGAAUGGAGAAUUUUGGAAGAAAUGACUACAGCACGAGAAGGUGCAGGUCUUGUCGUUGUAGAUGAUACACUUUAUUGUUUAGGAGGUUAUGAUGGAUUUCACUUAUUGAACAGUAUGGAAGCCUUUGAUCUUCAUUGUGGAACGUGGUCAGUGUGCAAACCAAUGUACAUGCGUCGGUCAGGAGCUGGUUGUGCUUUGUUGGGAGAUACUAUUUAUGUAUGUGGUGGUUAUGGUGGUGCUGAGGGCCGUGGUCCUUCACAUUUGGAUACUGUAGAAGCUUAUAAUACAUGGUUGGCUCAGUGGACUUUGGUUACAAGUAUGAAUGUCCCGCGUUGUUACGUUGGUGCUUGCCCGUUGGCCGGCAAGAUUUAUGUUGCUGCUGGAUAUAAUGGUAAUAGUUUGCUGGAUACUGUAGAGUCGUAUGAUCCAAUCGAAAAUACGUGGUGGUUGCAUGAAGAAAGCAGAAUGAAUCAUGAGCGAUGUGACACUGGUAUGUGUGUUGUUCGGUUCCCAACAUGCUCUGUCAGCCAAGAAACUCUUACACCAGCAAUAACAUCAUCAAGAAAUGUAAUGAACUGCAGUAGUAGUCAUUCAUCUCCAUCAGCUAUUUCAUCUGCUUCUGCUAAUUUUCAUUCAAUAAUCAGCCAGUCACCCACUUCUUGGCAGCUAAAUGAUUCGAACACUAAUCGAAUUAGUAGUGUACGUACGAACACACAGACUUCAACUGGCCACCCCAAUCCAUUAUUGUUUCAAGGUAGUCCGUCAUCAUCUACUCGAAAUGUUUUAUCUUCGUCAGUUAGCGAGCCGUCUCGCACUGUUUCACAAUUCGGUGGUCCUUCUGCAAGUUUGAACAUAUGUAGUGUUAAUUCUCAACCUCCUGGAAAUUCCCACCUGCCUUCCACCAGUCGCAGACCUAAUCGUCAAGUUCGUAGUCAUUCACGACAGAAUAAUUUGUCAAAUACUUCUGUUAAUGGAAGAGAAUUAAGAAACUCUAGACCACCUAGGCAUUUACUAUCGUUGACGUCAUCUAGUUUGUACCCAGGCAAUAUUAAUAUUUGGAAUCCCAAAAGUACGCGUUUACCUUAUGUUGCACAAGGAAUGCAUAACCCUAGAAAUUAUAGGUCACUUGUUCCAUCCUUGUCGUGCAACCAACAUAAUGUUUUGCACUGUAACACUGCACCCAUUUCUCACCUAACUCAACGGGUUGCGAAUCCAUUAUUCAAUCAUAACGACACACUCUGUCAUACUUUAGAUAAUUUACCACCUUCUUCUGAAGAAUCUCAUGUAAUCCGGAAUAAUGAAUCUACUGUCAACUCUGAAUUCAGUAUGAUGGAACAAACCGACCAACCACUAGACAACUGUGGAAAUGUCGACAUAAAUGAGUUAACCUCCAAUCUUAAUGCAUCUCAUUUCGAUGCACCAACUGUUUCUGGGUCUCAGUUAUCAGGAUCUCAGAGGAGCAGCUGCAGUAGUCCUACUUUGGUAUCUGAUAUGCAUCGUUCGGCUCCUGAAUGUGGCUCUUCUUCAUCAUGUAAACACGAAUUAUUUAGAUCUGUUGAUGCAAUUAACCGUCUUGGUUCAGAUAAUGUUUUCUGGUCAGUAUCCAAUAUAUCGACAUUUCCUGCCAUCGAAAACCCUACUGCCAGUGCUUUUUCACAGGCUAUUGCUUUUAAUGAGAACUCAUUUAUUAAUAAUCCAGUUAUUGAAACACAAGCUGAUAAUAAUUUCGGGAAAGUUAAUUUGGAAAAUAUUCCUAAUCGUAACUGUGUUAGUGUGAUGGGUGAAUCACUUGAUGAUCAAGAUCGUGAGCUUGGUGAUUUCGUUAAGUGUACCGAUCGCUCCGGUUACAAACCACGUACUUUCAUGAACACUUUGAUAUAUAAGCCGAAGGAGCCUCAGCCAAAUCCAUGUGUUUUAUCUUCAAAUGAUUCUUGUGGCUUACCUUGUGAACAGCCAUGUGAUAUCACUUUAUCAUCCAGCUAUUCAUGUAAUUCUUCAGCUCCCAUACCAAUUGCUAAAGUUAAACCGUGUUCUUCAACAGCUGCGGAAAACUCAUGUACAACAACUUUAAAUGCACUGCUUCCUUCUGUAAGAAAUGGAUCUUCUAUUCAACAUGUAAAUGAUCCACCAACCUACUGUAACAAGCAAACAUUUGACCAAAUUUGUCAGCGGUAUAGGCCUGUAGUGCCACAUUCGUUUAAAACUGAUCCAAUGUGGCCUUUUAGAUAUGAUACUGAAUCUUUCCAAACGCAAGGAGAUAGAAUAAUUACUUCAGCGAGUGAUCAGAAGGUUCUAUCUUCAUUGUGUGAGAUUAAUGACCAGAGCGAACUUACUCCAGGAGAAACCCCUCUGGUUUUUGGUGUCAGCGAAUCCCCUCACAUUUAUUCUGACUCAGAUGACCUACCAAUCAAAAACCAGUUGGAAGGUUCUAAUCAAACUGGUGUUUCUGUAAAACCAGAUGUUACACAUACGUCAGUCAUUGAAUCCAUACACUUAACAGAUGCUCCUGGACGUAGUUCAUCAAAUUCUGAUGAUACACUUAUAGACCAGUCAAAUAAUUUGAUAGAUAGUCCGUCUAAUUGUGAACCCGAUAUUACAUUAUGUACAGUGGUUUGCAAUCCAUGUAAUGGGGAUGACAGUCCACAAGCACAACCGGAUACAAGGUCAGAUGGUGAAGGCGAAGAGGGAGACGACCUAGAUGUUAUCUUGAGGAAUCCAGCAGUUGGUCGGGUUGACGAUGAAUUGUGAUCUCCUGCUAAACUUUUAUAUCUUUUGUGAAUUAUAUUUAUCUCUGUUAAUUUUUGUGCAUGGUGUCUAUUGUAUUUAUCACUAUAUAAUCUAUUUAGUCUUUGUGUUAAUUUGAUCGACUAAUUCUGUAAACGUUUUCAGCUUUCACUUACGUAUAGUUUCUUUUAUUUAUUUUGUUCUAUUUCUUCAUCUGAAUAUCUAUAUAAUUUUGAUGUGUAUUUUUUAGUACGGUUUGUUUCUAAAUUUUACUUCUUCACAUUUGUAUAUUUUUAGUCAUAACAAGGGGCUACUUUCAUUUGCUUAUAAUUUUGCUUAUGAAUGUUAUGACCAUGAGCGUCUUAUACACUGAUUUGUUUGUGAGUACCUGUAGUCACGAGACAUCUUCUUUGUUCAUGAUAUAACUGCAGAAACGUUGAUGCUGGUGAAAUUUACACACAUGUCUGCUUUCAGAACAUAAUCUCCAGUCUCCCACCGCAAUAUAGUAAUAAAAAUCCGAAGUAGUCAUCAUGAUGAAG